AUGAAUGUGGUCUCGAUUAAUAUUAGAGGUAUAGGGAAUGUUGAAAAAGGUGAUUGGAUUCGUAAUAUUCGUAUUCGAAAUGGAGCGGCUUUUGUUUUGAUACAGGAGACUCAAUUCGCUAGUUUGGAAGGGUUUAACAUUAGCAGGUUCUGGGGUAAUGAUAAUUAUGGUAUGGAAUGCGUAGACGCGACCGGUAGAUCGGGAGGAUUGGUUACGCUAUGGGAUAAUAAGAAGUACAAUUCGGUUUCGGUGCUUAAAAAUCGGUAUUUUUUGUCUUUGGGUGGGAUAGUGAAAGAAAGUGGCAAAGAAUUAUGUGUCAUCAACGUUUAUGCUCCACAAAAGCCGGCGGACAAGAAGGUGUUAUGGGUUAAAUUGGCGCGUUUUCUUGAUAACUAUAGAGGGAUGGUGAUUAUUGGAGGCGAUUUUAAUUGUGUACGGAAUAGAGACGAGCGUAGAAACUCCAAAUUUAAUGUGGGCUCGGCUAGUGACUUUAACGAGUUUUUGGAAGAGGUUGGUCUCCAUGAAUAUGGUUUACGUGGUCGUAAGUUUAUGUAUGUGACGGGGAACAAAUGUAGUCGCAUUGACCGGAUUUUCGUUUCCUGGGAUGUCUUGUCCGAGUGGCCAAAUGCCAAGUACCGGGCUUUGGAUAGGGAAAAAUCGGAUCACAGUCCGCUUAUUUUGAAGGUGGAAGAUCGUAAUUAUGGUCCUAAACCUUUCAAGUUUUUCAAUUCGUGGCUUCAUAGGAAAGACUUCGAUGAUGUGGUGUCUAAAGCUUGUUUGGAUUAUAAUGGUAGGGGAGAUCCUGAUAAGGAUUCGGUUAACAAAGAGGAAGAGGUUGAAUAUGCUAGUUUGUCUAAGGAAGUGAAUGAUCUGGACGAGAUAGUUGAGGAGCGGGACCUGGUUGAAGCCGAACAAUGGAUCUACUGGGAAGCCAAAGUUAGAUUAAAAGAAUUAGAAGAGUUCAAAGCCAAAGAUUUGCGACAAAAAUCGAGGGUGAAAUGGGCGAAGGAAGGGGAUGAGAAUACGAGCUUUUUUCACAGUGUUAUUAAUAAACGAAGAGUCUCUAAUGCGAUUCCGGGGUUGGUUGUCAAUGGGGUUGGGUAA